AAUGGAGACAUUUUAGGAACAUUAUUGACAAAGGUAGAAACUUUAUUCACAUGGUGAAAUUUUUGUCGUUUAUGUAUCUACAUCCGCUACCUUUAAAGAAGGUUAAGAAUUUAAUGUUUAAUUUGCGUGGUUUAUGGGUAGAGUUAUUUUGGAAGUUGCGAAGCAAGGUUUGAUUCGGUAAAUUACUAAAUUUGUUGUCUUGGUUGUCCCUUUCUUAAAUUUUUCUUGAGUUGCCUGUACUAUUAGGUUCAGAGGUCAAAUCGUAUAUGGUGAAGCAUUUGAUGCUAUAUGGUUGAAGGCGUUUGCUGUUGAACCGUACACCUGUAUUAAUGGCCUAUUUCAUAACGAACCAGGUGUAAUGAUUCUUUUUCAAUGACCGAGAAAUCCAUUGUUUCAGCUUGGAAACUCGGUGACUACGUUCGACCCUUUACCAUUCUCCACUUAAACACGUACUUAGUGCAACAACAAGGUUUCAAAAACGUCACGUUCACCUACAGCACAUCCCCUGUUAUACUACCUUUUCUGUUGAACCAAAGCCAUGGAGCCGGUGUAUUUAUUUCAAUUUUAGUUUUUCUAAAUGUUGUAGAUUUAUUUUGGUUUCAGUGUCAUAAUUUAAAUCGUUCUUCAGACAGGGAUUUCUAGCUUCAGAGCCUAGGUGUCUUUAUUCCAAAUAUGUAAGAUGCUAUUUAUAAAUGUAGAAUUUAUAAUUGUUAUUUUUAUCGUACUCCUAAUUUGGUAGAAAGCUUGACUAGUGAAAUCCUUUGAGUGCAUGCUUCACGUGGGCCAUCGAGUGAGUGAGUCUAAAAAGAGUGAUUGUGGAUGAGAAUUGCCGAAGACUUCAUUAUAUUGAAGGCUCAUGAUGUUUCUUGAUGAACUGUUCCUGAUACACACAAGUCUGCCUUGUUUAAGUUGCAUGGUUGACAUCAAAAAGGAGGAAGGAGACAGAUUGAUCUGAGACAGCUGGCAGUUUAUGCUUACUGAAUUGCCAAAAGGUAGGCUCCACUAAAUUUAACGUGAUAACAUUGUGCAAAGGAGUAUGUCGUAUAGUAAUCAAAUUACUGAUCUGGAAGCGGAACAGAGAAGCCAAGAUGUUCAACCAGAGCCUUGUGCUUUCUACAGGAGCUUAGCUACCUUUCCGCAGCCUAAUGUCCAUGCAAUAUUACCAGGUCCUGGAAAUGCUGGUAAUUUCUAUUUGCACCAUCCACAAUACCAUCAAGAGGGUGCAUUAAUUUAUGGAAAGUUGCAGUACAACGGGGUUCAAUAUCAGCAUCCUGUCACCAAUCUUGACCCAGCCAUUGCUUCAUCAUCGAAUCACUAUAACCAUUACAUGGCCGCUCCAUCCACUCCUAGAGAUUUCCCGGUUGCAGUAAACCAUGGGCAAUAUGAACAGCUUCCAUUUGCAACCACUCAAGGAAUUAAUGAAGACAGUUAUGGAAGGACCAAUCUUUACGUAGACGGUGUCGGAGACUCAUUUAAGAGAAAGAAUGCGGAAGGAAUCCCUGUGAAUUUUCAGUAUCAGCACGCUUUGGUGGGCCCCAGCUUUCCUCUUACCUCAAUGGGUGCUGCAUCGUCUGUAUCAGGACACAACGGGAAUCAUAUGCUUCAAGGAAACUAUGUCGGCCAAGCCUGUCAGUUUCCUGGCAAUUAUUGGUCAGGAUUGCAGCUCAACGGCAGUUCUAGAGACACUGAAGCCUGGAAUCAUAGUGCUCGCCUACCUUAUAUGCCUGGUAAUACUCAAAACUGUGAUGAUGGUGGAAACAUCAGCAUGCGAGGUUAUCAAGUAACAUAUGGCAAUGGAGGUUUGACUAGUUUUGUGUAUCCGUCCGUUCCUCCAGGGCACCCAAACCUUCUUCAUCUGCCACCAAAUAUUCAAGGAGCGAGACCCCAAUUUAUUACCCUCCCUCCACAAAUGACGGCUUCUUCACACAGACACCUACCAAGUAGUAGCUCGUUUGACAGCACUAUCAAUCCGUUCGCCCUUGUAGAGGCAGGUUCUAGAUUUAUUAGACCAUUCCCGCCAACUGGCUUUAGAUUGUACAGACCUCAGCGAGGGGAAUUUAUGCUUGGAACAAAUACUAGACAUCACAACCUACCUAACAUGAGAGUUCUUCCGGAAGAUGGAGUGGCGAUGCUGGAUAUUCCUGGCUACCAUGAAGUGCGCGAUCCUGUUGAUCAGCAUAGAGAGAUGCGUAUGGACGUAGAUCACAUGUCUUAUGAGGAGCUUCUUGCGUUGGGAGAGCAGAUUGGCACCGCAAAAACUGGGUUAUUGGAGGAGGUUAUUGUUAGCAAUUUGAAAACAAGAUCAUUUUCAUCUGUGGAAAUUCCUUGCAAUUUGGAAAGUGCUGCGUGUUCAGAUCACAAGACUGAUUUCUGCGUCAUAUGCCAGUUUGAUUACAAGGACCAAGAGAACGUGGGGACGCUCGACUGUGGGCAUGAAUAUCAUGCAGAGUGCGUAAAGAAAUGGUUAACUAUGAAGAACAAAUGUCCCAUCUGCAAGUCCACAGCAUUGGUAGCCGAAGGAAAGGAUUCGUGAAAACAGGCGAUGGAUGGUCGCCUGAAUGAAUUAAAGAGCAAACUUUUUGGGUCUGUUGCUAAAUAUUUAUUCUCCGACGAGAAGAAACGUUACUGAAACUGUACAAAUGUACUGUAUUUUUGUAUAUAUUUGGCAAGAUAUGACUAACUGUCAACGUGUCCAAUAACAUUUUGUUGGCCUUAUCUAUGUCACCUGAAGUUGUACAGGAACUUGUAGUUUUUUUUUUUUUUGUCUCUCCUCUGUAGUUGUACAGACUUCUGAUGGGCAUUUGAUCCCCUUUCAGAUAACUAGUCUUGGAUAUUAUGUUAAUGUGUUCUUAUG